AUGCCGAGCCUGCUCACGAGAUCAAAGUCGCUCCGCCUUCUGAAGGGAGCUCGGAGGGGCGCACAGCAAGACGAGCCUCAGACGCCGAACCCUACGCCGCAGCCGACCGCCUUCCAGACAGACUUCGACCGCUUCAAAGCAGCGACUCCCGUUCCCACCUCUGGACGCCUGCUUGAACCCCCCGAGAUGGCUGCCCGGCCGAGUACGUCAGGUGGACCCGGGGAACGCGCAAUCCUCCAGUUCCACAAGAAAACGCUUCCUGCUCCAUCAGUCUACUCCGAGGACCGCUUCCUGGCUUUCUCCUCGCCCACAAACUCCACCGCCGUCCUGCACGCUGUCGACAGUCCCGAGGACGUCAUUGGCAUUGCACUGGGCAGCCCCACCCUCGGCUCGCACUGGACCUCAACGCCCCAAGCGACCACGGAGAACCUCGUCGCCGACGCCCAAAUGUCUGCCUGGAACCACGCAAACGCAUCCAGGACGACCAUCACGGGGCCUCAGGCGCAGCCCAAGCCCAAGAUCAGCCGGUGGAAGUCUCUGUUCAAGAAGACAGCGCCGUCGCCCAAAGAGAAGCCUUCUUUCUACCAGCUCGCCCAACAGGCCGCGCCCACCCGUGCAGACAGUCACCACGACACAUCGCCAAAGUCCAGGUCGAAGCCAAGGCCGAAGCAGGAGGGGACAGUAGCAGUGCCCAUCUCCGUCUUCAACCCGGACAUGAGGCUGUCUCGCAACAAGUCGCAGGAGAACGUUUCGUCGAGGGAGGUUCAGCAUGGCAGGAAGCGCUCAGCGACACUCGAUGCCGGUCGCGCCGCGCCUCAAUUCCACUUCCAGCGAUCGGCCACGACUCCCAAUCCGCCGCAAGCACCAACAUCAUCGACAGAGACUGCACCUGGCGCUGGCCUGUUGGGCGUGGACAUUCCCGAUGUGAAGAUGGACCGCUACAGUGUCAUGUUCAGUGGCGUGCUGGAGCCCACUCCGAAUCGGUCAUCGCUGUAUCAGCGGCGACAGGAGAAGGCAGAGGGCGAUAAAGUGAAGCCGUUGGACAACAUAUCGAUCAAGCCAUGUCCACGUGAUGUCGUUGGACCCGCUUCACUCAUCCCGCCCAAGGACGACAUCGAGGGUUUACCAGAGCCCAGAAUUCUGCCACGCGCUACGUCGCCCACAGUGUCCAAUCCUCCCUCGGCGCGACUGUCGUUGUUUCCUGCCACCGGUCGCGCUACACCCACGCUACGUGCAGGCACACCAACGUUACGCGCAGGCACGCCAGUAUUGCGAGCGCCAUCACCCUUUGUCUCGAGUUCCCCACGAGCGCGGUCAAAGACCGCACCGGCGAGGUCACCAACGCAUCAGACAUUCAAGACGGCAGAAGAGAGCAAGAGCAAACCGCCGUCCACGAGCGUGACGCGCCAGUACCACGACUCCCCGAGCCUCAAGCCGCAGCAUGCCGCCCUCACGCCGACCUCUAUCAACAGCUUCGAGUCCGAAGACGAGUCCAUCACCGUCGUCGUAGGUCGAACCACCCCCGCGGGAACCAAGGCCUGGAAGGCGCACGUCGAAAGCCAAGAACCUCAAUGGGAGGUUGUCCCUAAGCCUGCAUCUUCGUCCGCCUCCUCAUCCACCUCCACGUCUACGACCCGUUCCACCUCGCUCGACAGAGCCAAGCGCAACGCCACCCUUGAACGCUCCCUCAGCCGCAAACAGCCCCGCGUCACCGCCGCCUCAGCCCUCUCCUCGCACCCCUCCGCGCCGCUCGAAGUCUCUGCGCCGCUCGAAGUCUCCUCGCCGCUGCAGAACCUACAAAUACUGCUCAGCCCGCCGCUCUCCGCAGAUUCCAGCGAACGAAAGACCAGCGAACGACCUGUGAUCCAACGCUCGACUAGCCAGCGAAAGCCGAAAGUCAUGGGCAGCGCGAGCGCGCAGACGGCAACGGUGGGCAUCGCGCGGAGCGUGUCGGUUAGCAAGGCGACGCGGCCGCGCACACUGAUCAGGACGCAGACGGAUAUGGGCAAGGCGAAUGCAAGCGCAGAGACACUGGACAGCCCGGAGCGCAGAUUUGGGCUUGGCGAGCGCGUCGCACUGACACCGAUGCUGGUCGAGAUUGGGAACCGCAAGAGCCAGAGAGUGCAACUCGUUGAUGCGUAG